CGCUGCUUUAAGCAACGCUGGUCGCAGGGUCAAACUCGAUCUCUUUGCGGAACCCUCUGGAGAUUUGGGUGGCUCCACUUUACAUGAUGACGUAGGGGAUACUGACUCAAAAAAUCGUGAGGGGUUACCCAAUUCACCCUCUUCUUCAGGUGGGUUCUGUCAGUUUUCUUCAAAAGGAGUAUAUAGAGAGGACAUGAGUGAUCAACAUUAUUUUGCUGGAAAUAUGGAACUGUAUAUGCAAGACAUGUUAUGUUAUUUUCCCCAAGAAUCUGUUCUCAGACUGUGUAGGACUGCUGUGGUCUUGGGAACAUUCAUUUCAGAUGAGGUCGGUCCUGCCACAGUGAAAUUAUGAAUGAUCAUUCCCCCAUUUAUUGGCAGCACCAAAGGAUAUCUGAGGUCCAGGCUCUAGAAAAGUUUGUAUUGGUCAACAGUCACAGAAUCCCCUCUUGUUGCUUGGUCAAUAUAGUGAUGAAGAAGUGGAUGGGGGAUCAAGUAAAGGGCCUAAUGAUGCCAAGGAGCAGAUCUCCAUGUUGAAUGAAGAGGCUAAGGUUUCACCUGAAGAAGGAUCUCAAGAUUUGGAUAUCAAUGACUUGGAAGAUCAUGUUGCUCAGACUGAUGGUCCACAGGGAGCAUCACAAAAUUCUACUUUUGAUGUUGAGGGCUGUGAUAAAACAGAAGGCGUUGCUGCUGGUGCUGCUUGUUUGCCAAACGAAAUGGUCUCCAAAGACCAAACUACUGUUUCUGAAAUUUCCAAUGAACAAGUUAUUGCUGAUGUUAGUCUGGGGUGGAAGAUGGUAAUGCAUGAGGAGAGCAAACGCUAUUAUUACUGGAAUAUUGAAACUGGAGAAACUUCAUGGGAAGUGCCACAGGGUUUGGCCCAGACAGUUGAGCCGGUCUGUGACCAGACAGCUCUUGCUUCUGUCAAUAAUAACUUUCAGAGUGCAGCUGUUGGUGUAGAUAAUUCCAAAAUGUCCUCUGCUGCAGUGCCAGAUUCUUUAGCUGCUCUAGAAUCUGGCAGUUCCUUAAGGACCACAGUGAAUUCUAAUGGAGGAGCAUACAGUCAUGGGUCCCAGACUAGUGGAUGGGAUGGAGAAUAUAGGAAUGACGGUCUUUCAAGUGCAACUUAUGGUGCGGACCAUUUAUUAGUUUCGAAGUCCAGUGUGGAGGUAGAACAAGCAGACAUUAGUUUUCCUUCUCGUCUUGUUCAACAGAGUGAGAGCUUAUUAGAGAGGCUUAAGUCACUGGAAAAGUCAAAGGACUAUCUGGAGGGUCAGGACUCCUUGUCAAAAUAUAUUUUGGAGAUUGAGAUCAGGCUCUCUGAUUUUAGGUCCCUUGCAUCCCAUGGAUCAUCUUUGCUUCCAUUCUGGGUGCAUUCUGAUAGGCGGAUUAAGCAGCUUGAAAGCAUAAUUAAUGAUGACUUGUUGCAGACUUUUAAGUCAGCACAUGAUGAAGUUGAGGAUACACAUGUCCAUGUCUCUGAAGGAUUUGGUGGACAUCAAGGAGGCAGUGGGCAUGAAUCUGAAGCAGAUGGUACUGAGAACAAAAACUUCAUUACCUCUGAAUUUUCUAAUACUUCUCAGGUUGAUGGUUCAGUUUUUGGUGAUAAAGAUAUGUGCAAUAAACCAUCUAUCAAUGCCGAGCACACUCCUGCAACAUCUCCUGGUAGCUACUUGGAAAUAGGUGUAAGCUACAAUAAAGAAGUUGAUGCUAUGGUACCUCCUGAGGAAUCAACUCAUACACAUGAGUCUAAUGUUGGAGAAGAUGUUGAUAUGGAUGUGGACAUGGAAGUUGAAGAUAUGAAUUCCUCAGGCAAUAGGACUGUGGUAAACGUGCCUGGGCAAACAGAGCAACCAGUGGAGGUGAAUCUAUCUGCUGACCACCAUUCUCUGUUGCCAGAGGAUGAAUUUGUUGUUCCUCCUCCUCCAGAUGAUGAAUGGGUACCUCCACCGCCACCUGAUAAUGAACAGGUGCCUCCCCCUCCCCCACCUGAUGACGAACAAAUGCCCCCUCCACCACCUGAUGAGCCAUCAGUGUCUAUGUAUCCUGCUCUCCCAUCUUACCCAGAGGCUGGGCAACUUUCUUACCCUCAAUACAAUCUAGCUUAUCCAGGUGCUAGUUCUGAGUAUUAUGGGCAGGCGGCUGCUGAAGUCCCAAGCAGUACUAUAUAUGGGCAUGCUGAAGGAUGUCAAAUUGCUAUGCCACAUCCACAGCUCUUCUAUAGUGCCGUUCCCAUUACUUAUGGUGAAAGCACCCAAGUUAUAAUGAACUCUACAGAGCCUAUAGCUUAUUAUGAGCUUCAGGAUGGAUCUGGUCCUAGCUCCUUACCUCAUAUUAAUAAUAGCGUUUCUGAUGUUACUGGUGUGGUGGACAUGGCAUCAGCUGAUGUUCCCUCCACCUCAGCCAGCGUCAAAGGACCUGCAGCUGUUUCAGUUGAUGAGGGUAUUUCUCUGGCAUCAGCCAACACUGUAUCUGCUGGUGGAAGUACUGCCUUAUCAUCAGUUGCUAAAGUGCAAAACAAAGUUGGUCGUAGUAAAAAGCGUGCAGUUGCAGUUGGCUCCUCCUUGAAGUCUAAUAAGAAAGUUUCAAGUUUAGUGGACAAGUGGAAGGCAGCCAAAGAGGAGUUGCUUGAAGAGGAGGAAGAACCCGAAAGUGUUCUUGAGAUCUUAGAACGGAAGCGCCAAAGGGAAAUAGAGGAGUGGCAUGCAAAGCAAAUUGCAAGUGGAGAAGCCAAAGAUAAUGCUAAUUUUCAGCCUCUGGGUGGUGAUUGGCGGGAGAGGGUCAAGCGCAAGAGGGCACGAGCAGCAAGUAAAUCUGCUGACAGGCCACAAGAUACAGUUGUGGGAAAUCAGCAACCUGAUCUGAGUGACUUGUCUAAGGAUCUUCCAUCUGGUUGGCAGGCUUAUUGGGAUGAGACCUCGAAGCAGGUUUAUUAUGGUAAUAUUAUUACUGCCGAGACAACAUGGACUAGACCAACAAAAUGAGCAGUGGUUGCUGGUCAGUCAGUGUACAGACACCGUCUCUUUCACGCUUAGGCUUUUUUAGCAACAAUGCCCCUCCACCAAAAAAAAAAAAAAAAAAAAGAAAUCCCCCUUCCUUCUUUGAGGUUAUUUUUCUGAGUAAUUUAAUCAUGUAACCUGCUGAUUUUGCUUGUAACGGCUACGAAGGUGGAUACUGUUAUGAUGUGCUAAAAUAUAUAUUUUUAUAUCACUAAAA